AUGUCGUACACUUCGCGCUCAGAACAGCGUCAGCUGGAACGAGCCAUGAAGGAGAGCAGGGAGGAAAUGGAGAAACAAGGCAAGAAAGCCGAGCCGGCGCCGUCGGCACCUACACCAGGGAGGAAAGCUGGGAAGACCUUGCCGAAGCAAGCAGCUCAGGCGAGAACUCCUGUCGGUAAAAAGUCGGUGCCUUCGUCUGGGAAGAAGCGAGCAAGGAAGGCGGACAGCAGCAGCAGCAGCAGCAGCUCUUCAGGGAGCGAGGACGAGUCACCUGCCCAGGAGAGCUCGAGCUCGAGCGAUUCCGAGGUAGAGACGAAGAAGACGAUGCCGGUCAAGAAGCGAGGCCGCGCGGCCGCUGCUCCUGUGGCACGCGACAGCGAGUCUUCCUCGGAGUUCGAAGACGAGUAUGACGAGGAGUUCUUCAAGAACGAGGACGACAGGAAGUGGAUGAUGAGCUUGAACGAGUUGGAGCGUGAGGCCAUCAUCUCAGAGCGUCGAGAUCAGCAGACCCUUGCUAAGGAAGCCUGGAUGGUACGGCACAAGAAGAAGAAAGAGGGCUUGAACCAAGCUCCUGCUGCCAGUGCUUCCAACUCCCAGGGCAUACGGUCGCGAAGGGACGUGAAGCCAGUCGAUGACAAGAAGCAGCAGAAGAAGGCAGCUCUUGAGGACAUGGAGGUUCGCAAGACUCAAGACCAGUCGAAGAAGGCCAGGCUCAAGGUUGUGGAAGAUGAUGGCGACGACGAGGAGAGGUCUCCUCGAGGUCAUGAGCGAGAAAAGCAGAGGGAAGAACCACACUUCGAGAAGACUGUGAAGCCAAGGCAUCGUCAGAUUCAAGAAGAAUUCCGUGAUUAUCCUCGAGUUGCCUACGACAAGGUCGAGGCAGCCCGUGUGUCCCGCGACAGGCUCCUUGAGUACGUCAAUGAACCAUUCUUCGGUGAAUUUGUUCAGGGACUGUUUGUUCGCGUCAAUCUGGGAGAAAACAAUCUGGGAGAGACACGAUACAUCCUCGGCCAAAUCAUAGGGUUGAAGGAAGUGGACAAGAAGUACGAAGGUGUUUGCUCCAAGACGAAGCGAAAAAUUCCUUUGCAGAAGGUCCUUUGUGUGACGCAUGCUGGUCAACAGAAGAAGUUUCAGAUGACGCUUGUCUCCAACAAACCCUUCCUGAACUCCGAGGUAGACAAAUGGUGCAAAGACGUCUCGAUCGAGCGCGAGAAACUCCCGACUGACGACGAGCUGGACGAGCUGAAGGCCAAGUUGGAGAAGCGAUGGAAGGAGGAGUUCAGAUAUGAUCAGGGUGUUGUCGAGCAGAUCCUGCAAGAGAAACGGAAGAAAGGAAGUACGUCAGGCAACGUUGCUCUGAAUAAGCUCUGCCUUCACGAUGAGAUGGAGGAGGCUUGGGAGGAUUACAAGCAGCUCACCGACGCGGAUCCAGAUAGCAAGGACAAGGCUUAUCAACGUUGGGAAGAUCUUAGAGAGAAGGUGAACGAGCUAGAAAGGAAGGAGAAGGAGCAGCAAGAAUCUGCGCAGCAAGGAUACAAGAGUGUGAACAAGAUCAACCAGAGGAACCACCUUGCGAACCGAACAGUUUCAAAGAAGCUAGAGUCAUCGAGGAACAUCACAUGUACAAGACACUACCAACAGACCGUUUACUUUCAGUUUGGAGGGAAGGGCGAGGACGCUGACGCCCGCAAGAUCGCUGAGGACGAUCGCUUCAAGGGAGAGUCGCUCAACACCACAGAACCAGCAAAGAACGGGCUGAAUGUUGAGGCUGAGAUCGACGACGAUGACGAGGAGGAGCGUCUUCUGCUGAGCAAGAAGUCUUCUGCUUCGUCCUCGGAUGCCUCCACCUCUUCCCACUCGCUGAUCAAGCAAGCGCAUGCUGCUGAGCAGCUCGACCUUGAGAUCGACAUGAGCGCUCCGAAGAAGCUAGAUGAGGCCCCUAUGCUCUUUCGCUCAGUCAAUCCUCUAAAGCCUGUGGACAACAUCAAGGUCAGCUCCGGGAGUGGGAAGAAACUCUCUCUGGAAGACUACAAGCGGCGUCUGCAGAAGAACUAGAAGCUGGAGGGAGGGAUGGAGGAAUGGGAGGAAGCCGCGCCUGACGAUACCUGGAGGAGUCGGGCGCACUACAUGAUGUCACUUUGAACCCUUUUUUCUUCGUUGUCUGACAUUUGGUUAUUACGAUCAAAAAUGAAAAAAAUCAUCUUUU